UGUAACAGAGAGUCGCAGCCUCAGUACCAGCGAGGCGCUCAGAGCGGAUACACGGGCGGACGGAGAGCUUCACGCUGCGGCCGCUUGCGCAUUCAAACCGGGACGUGUUUCUUUUUUAUUUUUCCUGUCCAGAACCGAGCGAGAUUUUCACGCAGCACGGAAUUCACGCGGACAAAGACACAAAUAAAGGACCCAAAAAAUAAUAAAGUGUCUCAAUGGAGCUAAGCUUAGGCCGGGGCUCGUUUCUGCUCUUCCUCCUGACAGCACUCCAGACUGGCACAGAAAGCCGAAGCCCUCUACCAUGCAGGCCUGGUUUUUCUGAAGACGUCUACGAUGCACCGUUGCCUGGAAAUCUACAGGAUGAACAACUACUUCUUACAGUGAGGUUCCAUGACUGUGGGCGAAAAGGACGAGUGCACUUCGAGUGCAGCCGGCCAACAGAAUUCCAGAUCGAGAUCACCGGAGAAGACUUGGCUCUCAGGACGCUCCGGCCAUCCAUAUCUCCCUCGUCCUCGUCUCCUCCGCUCCUUGUUACAGCGCGAGACGACUCCACUCAUGAGCAGUGGCAAACCGAGAUCCGGCUUCGGCCAUCAGGAGGCGACAAGUCACAGGAGACGCUCGGGUCCCGGAGCCUGCCGGAGAUUAUAAUCCCCUCACGGCAGGUGAGCAGCCAGCUCAAACGCAUGAAGAGAGACUGGGUUAUUCCUCCCAUUAACGUCCCAGAGAACUCCAGAGGCCCUUUUCCACAGGAGUUGGUCAGGAUCCGCUCAGACCAUGAUAACAAGGUGAACCUUCGCUACAGUGUGACCGGCCCUGGAGCUGACCAACCACCCACCGGCAUCUUCUCCAUCGACCCCAUCUCAGGAGAACUGACCGUGCUCAAACCACUCGACCGCGAGCACAUUGCCAACUUUCACCUGAGAGCGCAUGCAGUGGACCUGAAUGGCAAUCAAGUGGAAAACCCUAUUGACAUUGUGAUCAACGUGAUAGACAUGAACGACAACCGGCCCGAGUUUGUUCAUCAGAUCUGGAACGGGACUGUACCAGAGGGCUCAAGGCCAGGCACGUCUGUAAUGACGGUAACAUCCGAGGAUAAGGAUGACCCGCGCACACACAACGGCCAGCUGCGCUAUAAGAUCCUGUCCCAGAGCCCCGAUAGCCCCAGCGCUAACAUGUUCACCAUCAACAACCGCACCGGCAGCAUCAUCACUGUGGCAGCCGGUCUGGAUCGUGAGAAAGUUUCUCAGUACAAUCUGAUCAUCCAGGCCACCGAUAUGGAAGGGAACCCGAUGUACGGCCUUUCCAACACUGCCACGGCCAUCAUCAGGGUAACUGACGUCAACGACAAUCCGCCCGAAUUUACCACCGAUUCAUUCCACGGUGAGGUGCCAGAAAACCGUGUCAAUGUGAUUGUGGCCAAUCUGACUGUGACCGAUAAAGACCAGCCCAACACACCAGCAUGGAACGCAGUGUAUAAGAUCACAGGCGGAGAUCCAACUGGCCGCUUCUCAGUCCCCACCGACCCCACUACCAACGAGGGACUGGUUACAGUCGUCAAGCCCAUUGACUACGAGACGACCCGGACGUUUGUGCUGACCGUCGUGGUGAUGAACGAGAUCCCCCUAGAGCGAGGAAUCCACCUUCCACGCCAGUCCACUGCCACUGUCUCCGUCCGAGUCAUAGACGUCAAUGAGAGCCCUUACUUCGAGCCCAAUCCCAGACUCAUCAGGCUGGACGAGGGAAUGCCAGCUGAGUCUGCCCUUACUACGUUCGUAGCCCAGGAUCCCGACCGUUUCAUGCAACAGAGCAUCAGAUAUUCAAAACUCUCAGAUCCGGCUGACUGGCUGAGGAUCGAUACUAACAACGGCCGCAUCACCACCAUCGCUGUUCUGGACCGAGAGUCCCCGUAUGUUCAGAAUAACCUCUACAACGCCACGUUCCUCGCCACCGAUAAUGGGGUUCCUCCAGCCAGCGGGACGGGCACCUUGCAGAUCCUGCUCCGUGACAUUAACGAUAACGCACCCCAGGUGUUCCCUCACGAGGUGGAGAUGUGCGAGAAACCCGAGAACAGCGGCAUCAAUAUCACCGCUUUGGAUGGCGACCUGAACCCCAAUGCUGGACCCUUCGCCUUUGAGCUGCCUGGUCGGCCCAGUGACAUCAGGAGGAACUGGACUCUAACACGCAUUAAUGGUGACCACGCCCAGCUAAACCUGAAGAUCGGCUUCCUCGAAAGAGGCAUCUACGAGAUCCCGAUCUCCAUCACAGACUCCGGAAACCUGCCCAUGUCCAACACGUCUUACCUGCGUGUGAAGGUGUGUCAGUGCGAUCACAACGGAGACUGCACGGACCAGGAGUUUCUGGUGGCUGCAGGACUGGGCACAGGUGCCAUCAUCGCCAUUCUGCUCUGCAUCAUCAUCCUCCUCAUCCUGGUGCUGCUGUUUGUGAUGUGGAUGAAGAGGAAGGAUAAAGAGCGUCAGGCUAAACAGUUGCUCAUAGACCCUGAGGAUGACGUCCGGGACAACAUCCUUAAAUACGAUGAGGAAGGAGGUGGAGAGGAGGAUCAGGAUUACGAUCUGAGUCAGCUGCAGCAGCCAGACACUAUGGAUCCAGAGUGUGUGAAACCCGUCGGGAUCCGCAGACUGGACGAGAGACCGCUGCACCCGGAGCCUCAGUACCCAGUCAGAUCGGCCGCUCCACACCCUGGCGAUAUCGGAGACUUCAUCAAUGAGGGACUGAAAGCGGCAGACGGCGACCCCACGGCUCCCCCGUACGACUCGCUGCUGGUGUUCGACUACGAGGGCAGCGGCUCGACGGCCGGCUCGCUCAGCUCCAUUAGCUCCUCCAGCAGCGGCGGAGACCAGGACUACGACUACCUCAAUGACUGGGGGCCGCGAUUCCGCAAACUUGCCGACAUGUACGGAGGCUCAGAUGAGUAAGACGAGUGAGAUGGGAAACAAAAAACACAGGAGAAAACACACACACACACACACACACACACACACACAUAUAUGCCUGGCUUUUCUCUACCCCUCUCCUGCCCUCUCCCCCAUUCUGACUGAUGGAUGAGGACCGUCAACCAUCAAACCGAUUUUUUCCCCUGAGAUGGAUUUUUUUUCCUGCAGAAAAUGUAUUAUGAAACAAAAUGGGAUGAUAAAAAAAAAAAAAAAAACCUAAUCCUAGGCUCAGUGUUGUAGUGUAGGCAGAUUUAUGCUUGUCGAAGGCUUUUGGCACUGAUGAUCAUCCAGAGAUGAGAAGAUGAAGCGGAAGAGGAGACGAAGAAGAGAAUGACGUCACUGUUUUUUUGGAUUGUAGGCUUUCUGAAAAGCGCUCAGUUACACUGACUUGAAUUUUACAGUACAGAAGCACUGGGAUUUAACGUGCCUUUUUGUACAUUUUCUUUUUUUCUUUUUUCUUUUUGGAUCUGAAGGAUUAGUUUGUAGUCUCUUCACGGCUUUAACGGUACUGACGUUUGGAGUGAUUUCAAGACAAAACAGUGUUUUAUUUCUGAUCUGCUUCAUAACAUUUCUUUUUUUUUUUCCUGGUUUGCCCUCAACAAUGAAUCAAUGAAGAGAUCAUACAUGAUGUUGGCUACUAGUACAGAAUGAUUCACCAGAUCAAUGUACAGUACAAUAAAAAAAUUUGAAUUUAUUUUUAUUUUUUUCCCAUUCAUACAGACGUUUGCUGAAACAAACAAGUUUCAAGAAAAAACAUUUUCUGAAGUGGUAUUACUUUUUUUUUAUAGGAAAAGCAGCAGUUGAUUCCUUUUUCUGCUCUCAUUCAUUCAUGUACAACUUCAUUUGCCUUAGCCACCAUCUGAUGCCCUCGGUUUUUACUCUACUGUAAAAAUUGUGUGUACAUAUUUCUUUUAUUCUUUUUUUCUUUUGUUCUUUUCUUCUUUUACUUUUGAUGUAGUCGAUUCUGUAAAUGUUUAAAAAAAAAUGAAAAGAGCAACAUUGGGCUACAAGUUCUUUAUUUUUUUUUUUUGCAUGUUUUUAUCUGUUCACGAUGAUGAUUACGAAAAUAAGGACCUCUUUCAAAAAUUUAUGUACGGAGUGCUACAAUUUCAGCUGAUGCAAGAUAUGUCAAAGGUAUGAGUGUUUUUUUUUUUUGUAAGAAAAAACAAUAAAGUGACUAAAAAAAAUGGUAAAGAAAGUUACUCUGAAAAAAAGGAAAAAAAAAAUUAGAGUAACAACAUUAUCAGCACAAGUGUCAAAUUUGUACCAAAAAGAGUUGAAUGUGGUUGGGAAAGGGGUGGAAAGGGGUGGGGGUCGGGGGGUUUUGGGGGGCGAUGUUUGUUGCUGGUUUUAAUGCUCGAAUCAGCUUUAAGAGCCGGACAGCUUUCUGACACACGCUUUGUGAAUAAUCUUAUGUACUGGAAUUCCAAUUAUUCACCCCCCCAAGCACCUAAAUAAAAAAAAAGCUAAUUUUUGGAGCUAAA